AUGCAAGAGUCAAUUGUAAUGCAAUCAACACUACAAAGCAACAACACAAUCACAGAAACAACAAAAGCAAGUGAUUACAAAGUUCUUAAACAAAGUUCAAAAUUUCCUCCUUAUUCAAUAACCUUCAAAAGGUCACCACAAGUUGAACAAGUUACAGAUCGUAAAUUAUUAGAACUUCUACUUGUAGAAUGGAAAGACAAAAAUAAUUAUGUACCUGAUAUUACAGGAAGAUUCGGACAUGGAAAAUGUCUUUUAAUCUUUGCGAAUGAUGAAACAAGUUUUGAAGAAUUAUUCAAUCAACAAAAUUGGCCGACAAAAAUCAAUGAUUGUGAAUUUGAUUUAAAAAUUCCACGAGUUUCACCUUCAAUAUAUUCUUUAGUAAUCCAACAAUUCUUUAAUAGCUGGAACAUUGAAGAAGUUUUUGAAGAUUUAAAAACCUUGUAUCCUACAUUAAUUAAAUUAACAAGAAUGUAUUCAUUUAACAACAAACCUUUAAAUUUAGUGCGUGCCGAUUUUUGUUCACUUCAACAAGUCAAGAAAUUACUUGAUGAUGGUCGUAUUACAAUUGAUCAUAUGAAGAACUUAGUGAAACAAUAUCAUCCUCCUGCAAAAAUAAGCAAAUGCAUGAAAUGUUACAGUCAUCAUCAUUCCACAAAUGAAUGCACUAGCCAAGUUCAACUAUGUAUCCGGUGUAGUUUAGAUCAUCCAUAUAACAAUAAUUGUCAAAAUGAAAUAAAAUGUAUUAACUGUGGUCAAGACCAUUAUGCAGGUCAUUCAGCCUGCCCGGAAGUACAACAAAUUAGAAGACAAAUAAGUCAAAACCAAAGAGAAAAAAGAACACAACUACUAAUAAAUCUAGAGCAAGAUCAACAACUUCAUUACAAUAACAACAAUCAAUCAUUUCCUCAACUACCUUCGACAUCAAUACAACAACAGCAACAACAACCACAAAGAUAUUCCUCUCAGCCACAAACGUACGCAUCAAUUCUACAGGCUCAGACUCAACAUCAACAACAACCACAUAAAAAUGACCGAAAUCAUGUUUACAUCGAAAAUAUCUUAACAACAUUUUCAAAUAAAAUUGAAUAUCGACUACAACAAUUUGAAGAACGUCUAAUUAAUCAAGUUAUAGAAGUAGAAAAAAUUGUUGACAAUCUUAAAAGUACUACUUGUGAAUUAGAAACAGUAAUUUUUGAAACAAUUUUACCAUCAAUUAAAGCAAUACAAGAAUGUUCUUUUGUCAACACAAGAAGCACAUCAACACGUGAAGAUUUAACCAGAUAUAAAAAUGAAGUAACAAACCUAUUAACAAGAAAAAAUAAUAAUAAUAAUAAUACAAAACCAAACAAGAGUAAUACAUCGGACAAUCGAACAAAAGGAGUACCAAAAACUAUAGCAACAAAACAAACACCAUCUACACUUUUCAAUGACAGCGAAUAA